UCUACCCCGCCCCGCCCCCACUGACUCCGCCCCUCGUCCCCACCCCGCCCCCGUCUCGGCCACGCCCCCGCCGGAAGCACUCGCGCGCCCCGGGGCCAGCGGCGCACCGGGGUCCAGCGCUCGGGGCUGCAGAGGUUGUGAGUCCCGCGGUCCCUGGCCCUUCUCCGCAUGGAUCCCGCAGAGCGCGCGCAGGCGGCGCGAGCUCGGGUGCCCAGGAUCGAUCCGUAUGGGUUUGAAAGGCCCGAAGACUUUGACUAUGCGGCUUAUGAAGAAUUCUUUUCCACGUACCUGGUGAUACUCACCAAGAGGGCGAUCAAAUGGUCCAAACUUCUAAAAGGAAACGGUGGUGUCCGGAAAAGCGUGACAGUGAAGCGCUAUGUCCGGAAGGGAAUCCCGCUGGAGCAUCGGGCCCGUGUGUGGAUGGCCGUGAGUGGAGCUCAGGCCCGGAUGGACCAGAGCCCUGGAUACUACCAUCGACUGCUCGAGGGCGAGAGCAGCUCCAGCCUGGACGAGGCCAUCAGGACAGACUUGAACCGGACAUUCCCUGACAACGUGAUGUUUCGGAAGACAGCGGAUCCUUGUCUCCAGAAGACCCUGUACAACGUGCUCCUGGCAUAUGGGCUACACAACCCAGACGUGGGGUACUGCCAGGGAAUGAAUUUCAUAGCUGGGUAUCUGAUCCUUAUCACGAAGAAUGAAGAGGAGUCUUUCUGGCUUUUGGACGCUCUUGUUGGAAGGAUACUACCUGAUUACUAUAGCCCAGCAAUGCUGGGGCUGAAGACUGACCAAGAGGUCCUAGCAGAGCUGGUGAGGAUGAAGCUACCAGCAGUGGCAGCCCUGAUGGAUGGCCAUGGUGUGUUGUGGACCCUGCUGGUGUCCCGCUGGUUCAUCUGCCUGUUUGUGGACAUCCUACCUGUGGAGACGGUGCUACGGAUCUGGGACUGUCUGUUCAAUGAGGGCUCCAAAAUCAUAUUCCGGGUUGCUCUGACCUUAAUUAAGCAACACCAGGAAUUUAUAUUGGAAGCCAGCAGUAUUCCAGACAUCUGUGACAAGUUUAAGCAGAUCACCAAAGGGGACUUUGUGACAGAGUGUCACGCAUUCAUGCAGGCGGCCACGACCUCCCUCCUGCCCUGAUAGGACAUAAUCAUCUGUGGCACCUAUGGGAAUCAAUCGUGAGGCUAGGGAUGGCUGCUGCAUCCUGACCUGGUGCGGGCUGUGUGGACUGGUUCUGAGAGCUGCUGAAUGUGAGGUAGGAUGAGGCUGGCGGACCGAGAGGCCCUCAGAGCAUCUGGCAGGACCUGAGGGUUCAGCAGCUUUCUGUUUUAGUCUGGGCCCUUGCUGUGUAGGCUGGCCUGGAUCUUGCUAUACAGACCACAGUGGACUCAAGCUGAGGUCAGGCUGCUUCCGCCUGCUGAAUACUCAGGUUAGAAUGGCACAAUCACAUCCAGCACUUCUAAAAAGCUUUUGAAAUAAUAAAGUCAGGCGAUGUGGCAGAGGUCCCGUGUGAGGUCUACUCCACCAAGCUGUAGCUUGAAGCCCCUUGUUGGCAAGCAGCACUAUUGGAGGCUGGGCAUGGUGGCUCAUGCCUUUAAUCCCACCAGUGACUCGGGAGGACCUCCGUGAGUUCAAGGCCAGCCUUCUCAGAUAGCCAGGACUAGAAACUCUGUCACUGGGCACACACGAGUGGAGGUGGCACCUACCACACCUGGGUUGGUUCUGACUUGUGCAGGCCACAUGACGUGCAGGCAGUUCGGAGUGGGUGAAGGGAUAGGAACCUGUGGUAGGGCCCAGUAGGAACCCUGGGCAAUGACCUCACAGCUAGGUCCCACUCACCCUACUGUAUGCUCUAGUCAAGCCAGAGAAUUCUGGGUUAUGGACAGGACUCUUCUGUAAGCCUCUUGGAGUUGCUUCAUGGGAUAACGAAACUGGACAAGGACCCCAGGUAUCCCAGAACCAGAAGUCUGCAGGCUGUAGAUCAUGUCCUCUCAUAGACAUUUGAAUCUGGAUUGAAGCUGCCUGAGGGAUACUAUGGGAGAGCCCAAGGGUCUUUCCUCUGCAUCUACAGGUGUCUACCACUGUACCUGGCUAGGGACUGACUGCUAUGGAACUGGGGCUCAUGUGUUCUGUUGUCUCUGUGUCCUGAGUGAUUUAAAACCCGGUGUCCCACAGCUCUUAGCAUCUUUGCAGUGAAAUUAUCUGGUUUGGUGCAAUGGCUCAGAGAAGGGGGCUUUGCCAGCCUACCCUGAGCUUGGCUUUUAGCAUCAGCAAAGCCUUCAGGCACUCGCAUGGUGCAUCUUGGAGUUGGAAGAGCCCAUGUUCUGCUCUCACAGGCCUGCCAUAAACAAUCUUAGGGUCAUCUGUGCUGUGCACCCACAGUCAGAUGCCAAGUCAGAAAAACUCAGGCUAUCAGGAAUGCCCUGUCACCUGCUUCAUCAGCUGAGUCCAGUGUGACACGUCCGUCUUGGUUGGCUUGAUCUUUGUACCCCAAGAUUGUGAUAGUCAAGUGCUCUUACUUGGAAUUUUUAGAAACCAAAACCUAAGUGUAUUCAGCAUACAGCACCUCUAGUGUAGGACACUACUGCCAUGUAUCUGGAAGACUGAGUCCUAAGCGCAUGUCCCUGUCCUCUGUCAAAGCCUUAGUACCAAGCCUCAGGUUAAUUUGCCUGCCAGGCGCCAACUUUU